AUGUCACUCGAUUCGGCCGUGCCGCCGCCAUUGGAUAAACUUUCCCUGAAAGACGCCGUACAGGAGGCCCAAUUCUCCCAACGGGUCCUGAUACACUCCAUCCUUUCCCGCGCCGACGGCGGGUCUGGUCUUGCAGGCCACACGAUCCGAAUUGGGGGAUGGGUGAAAACCGGCAGGGAGCAGGGAAAAGGCAGUUUCGCAUUUUUGGAACUUAACGAUGGGUCGUGCCCCGGGAAUUUGCAGGUGAUUGUCGACGCCGGCGUGCAUAAGUUGAGCGAUUUGGUGCCUACUGGGACCUGUGUACAUGUGGAGGGCGAGCUUAAGGUUCCUCCAGAAGGCGCGAAGCAGAAGGUCGAAUUACGAGUGAAAAACGUUAUCAACGUUGGCCCCGUAGAUGCGGGGAAGUAUCCAUUGCCUAAAACUAAAUUAACGCUCGAGUUUCUCAGAGAUGUCGUUCAUCUUCGCCCUAGGACUAACACUAUAUCUGCAAUUGCUAGAAUCCGUAAUGCACUGGCUUAUGCAACUCACACAUUCUUCCAAAAGCAUGGUUUCCUCUAUGUGCACACCCCUAUUGUUACUACAAGUGAUUGUGAGGGUGCUGGCGAGAUGUUCCAAGUUACAACCCUAAUCAGUGAAGCAGAAAAAUUAGAGAAGGAGCUGAAAGAUAACCCUGCUCCUUCUGAAGCCGAUAUUAAAGCUGCUGAGCUUGUGGUGAAGGAGAAAGGAGAAGCUGUUGCUCAACUUAAAUCUUCUAAAGCAAGCAAGGAGGAAAUUAGUGCUUCUGUAGCUGAGCUCUCUAAAGCUAAAGAGAACCUCUUGAAACUGCAAGAAAGAUUUAAGCUGGGGGAGAGAUGUAGACUAAGUGCUGGUUUCCCCAAGAAGGAUGGGAAAAUUGAUUAUUCUGAGGACUUUUUUGCCCGCCAAGCAUUUUUGACUGUCUCUGGACAACUUCAAGUUGAAACAUAUGCAUGUGCACUCAGUAGUGUGUACACUUUUGGGCCGACAUUUCGAGCAGAAAACUCACAUACUUCAAGGCAUCUUGCUGAGUUUUGGAUGGUGGAGCCUGAAAUAGCAUUUGCUGAUAUAAAGGAUGAUAUGAACUGUGCGGAGGCCUAUGUCAAAUUUCUCUGCCAGUGGUUACUUGACCAUUGCUAUGAUGAUAUGGAGUUUAUGGCUAAGUUUAUUGACAAGACUGCAAUUGAUCGUCUUAAAAUGGUUGCUUCAUCCAACUUCUACCGGAUUACUUACACAGAGGCAGUUUCCAUUCUUGAGGAAGCAUCUAAAGAGAAGAAGUUUGAGAAUGCAGUAGAAUGGGGGAUUGACUUAGCUUCUGAACAUGAAAGAUUCUUGACUGAAGAGAAAUUCAAAGCUCCUGUCAUUGUGUAUAACUACCCAAAAGCAAUUAAAGCAUUUUAUAUGAAGGUGAAUGAAGAUAACAAGACAGUUGCAGCUAUGGAUGUGCUUGUACCAAAGGUGGGAGAACUAAUUGGUGGAAGCCAAAGAGAAGAGAAUUAUGAGGUCCUCAGAGAUAGGAUACUUGAGAUGGGUCUACCUCUCGAGCCAUACGAGUGGUACCUUGACUUGCGCCGAUAUGGGACUGUGAAGCACAGUGGAUUCGGUUUAGGCUUUGAAAGGAUGAUUCUUUUCGCCACAGGGAUGGAGAACAUUAGAGAUGUCAUACCCUUCCCCCGGUUCUUAUCUUUCCGUCUGUUCGUCAAUGUUCAUUGUGACAUGCUUGAGUUCCGGCUGCGGUUUGAAGCCUUUCGCCCUUUCGCCCUUUACUGCUUCCUGCUGGUAGUGGAGACGUGGAGUGGUAGUCUGCCUCUGGGACUGGGUCACUGCCUCACUGGGUCUGCGGUCUGCCGUCUGCGACUGGGGGCCUGGGGCAGUGGGGCUUCUUCUGCGACAGGGGCUUCUUCAGUUCUUCUAGCUGGUAAGUGUUUCUCAACAUUUCGCCCUAAUAGCCACUACCACUUUACAAUCAGUCAAUCAUAUUUCAUAACUUUCUUGAUCGGAAACCCGAUCCCUCAAUUAACAGAGGAAUACUGGUGA